GUGUGCACAUGAAUGAGUAUUAUGUCUGGCAAUGAAGGAUAAUGUUUGAUGGAAAUCGAAUCGAGAGAAUUGAGAGAACACCGAAGGAAGAAUCGGUUGUGUAUGCCUUCAGGAGUUUGAUGGGCGACAGCUUUCCUAUUCGUCGAGACGACAUAUGUCACUCCAUUAAUCGCCUAAGGAAGCUUGAGAGGAACAAGUGCACACUCGAGGUUAUGGAAUGAGUGAUCAGGGAGAGUUGCUCUUCAACAAUCUUGUGAUUACAUCUUUAGAUAAGGGAGCAAUAAGAAUGCCCUGGCAUAUUUCUACAUAUAACAUUCUUAUGAAAGUAGAAGCCAAUGAACACAAUAUUGAGGGUUGAUGAAGAUAUUUGGUGGCAUGGAACGAGCUAAAGUGGAACCAAAUGAGGUGCCUUGCUGCACUGUAGUUGAAGCUUUUGCUGAGGCUAUGGAAAAAUCUACCACUGGAAAUAGGCUCAUUAAAAUGGCAACAGAGACCUUUAAUUGGGUGAACCAAACGCAAUAAUGGUUAUGAAGCAAAUGGGUUGACCCGAGCUUUUGCCCACUGAAUCCAAAAUUCGAACCGAACAGAUUCGGUUCCAGGAAAAUAACCCAGCCAACCCUUAUGAUUCAGGUUGGGUCGGUCCGAAUUUUUGGAUUUUUGGGUUCAAUGUACACCCUACGAUAACCUUUUGAAUUCUAGCUUAGGUUGCUUGAAAGCUAGCUUGGUGGAAGACGCCAUGAAAAUACUAGAGAUAGGAUCAAAUAUAGCAAUCAGCAGCAAGAGAGUUAGAAAGUCAACUCCAUGGUUGAAAACCACUCUUUCAAUGAUCGAAAUUUUGACAGAGAGGCGAUGUUGAAAGUACUGAAAAGUUAUUCAAAGAACUCAAGGAAGCGAAGAAUACGAGUACACAUUUGUUUACAACAAUUUGAUCAAGACUUGGUGUGAGAUCCCACGUCGGUUGGAGAGAAGAACGAAGCAUUCUUUAUAAGGGUGUAAAAAUCUCUCUCUAGCAAAUGCAUUUUAAAACCGUGAGACUUAUUGCUAUACGUAAUAAGCUAAAAUAGACAAUAUCUGCUAGCGGUGGGUUUGGACGGUUAUAUUAGGUGAUUAAAUGAAGGCCAAGAUUCAUAAUCCAAAUCCAUGGAGGAGGAUGAUCAUAGGAUGAUCCAAAUCUUUCUGAGCAGUUUCAAAGUCAAAAGAGUUAGAACAGAUCGUACCUAAGUUUUAAUAUUCAAUGAGAAACUCGCCAAGUCAGCGACUCAUGAAUGUUAUCAAUGAUCCAUCCUUUACCUCUGCUAGAUUCUCAGUACUCUGUCGGGCAUCAGCAGUCUUCUCCCUAGCAGAUAAGCCGUGGGUACCUCUUGGCCACUUGACUGACAUGGAUGCUUGACUUAUCUGCAACCAGGCCCACAAAAUUUAGACUUCCCAAGUCCAAGAGUGAAGUCAAAUCUCAAAAGUAAGUAUCCAUGUCCAUGUCCAUGUCUAUGUUUUGGAGUGUUCGGUUUCUGGAUUUUGCAAACCCUGAGAAGAACAAAGGACAACCCAUUUCACUCCACACAAAGCUUCUCUGUUUCCUUCUGCUGUAAUUUUCAAAUCAUCACCUCCUCAAAAUGAAGAUCUUUCUCCUUUUCAAACUGGGUCAUCAUAUUUAAGCUUUACAAAACCAGAGACCACAAAAUGAAGUACAAAACGCAGCAUUUACAUACGAUCACAGGAAAAAAAAAAACCUAUGAAGACAGGGACAGGACAUCCCAAGAGAGAUUGAAUGAAGAUAUCCCAGCCAAGGCCCCUUCUCGUGAAUGUAUUUGCAAAAGAUGGUUAGUCAGGGAAGGCUCUCCUGCACAGGAAGGGCCUCGAGAAGGGAAGAAGAAGAGCAAUAAAGGGAGCCAUUAGCAGACAUGUUGGCCCCUUCCCGUGACAUUAUUUCCUCAACUUGGUUGAAAAAAGAGAUUUUUUUAUGUAUAAGAACGGUACAGUGCAUGUUCUUUGGUAUCUUUUAUCUACCAUGGAUUGACUUAAUGGUCAAUAGUUUACAUCCUAGUCAGUGCCUCAUCCUUAUGAAUUAAAUAUUUCAUAUGUUAUUUUCACAUAACUUUUCAUUUCAGAAGCCAACAAAUACGUAGAAAAGUCCAGAAGAGGAAACAAAGCCAUGGAAAAUUUGUUUAAUUCAGAAUUUGGUUGGCCUGAAAACUUUGAAUUAAAUACGAAAGAAAGAGAAGUCAGCAACCGACUGUAGCUUUUGGAUUAUUGGAAGGGCAGGUUGGACAAGUGUAAACAGGGUGGAGAAGACCAAAAACAUUUGAUGGGUCACGAGGAUGAAUCAUGAUUUAGGUGAAAAGGGGUCGAGAAAGCUUUAUUGAAUUAGAUUUUUGAGUUUCCAUUGAAGGGAGCAAAUAGAAAGCUUCCAAAGCUGUAAUCGCCGAGCCUUUCACAUGCUUUGCUUCCUUGGCUUGAGAGUGUGAAAAGAAACAGGGACCAGUCGGCCAUUAACGCAGAGCUCCCCCCAUCUCAAAUCUUCCUUCCAUUGAACCUUCUGAGAGUAUUGGGAAAACAGAGCAAUACUCUGUUUCAGACCUUGUUUCUUUUUGCUGAUACGAGAAGAAAAAUUGCUAAAGCUCUGAAAGUUGUGGUGUUUCUUUGCUUCUUAUAAUGGGUGUCUGCUUAAGUACCAGAAUCAAAGCUGAAAACUCAUGUAAUACAGGGGUGAACUCUAAUGCUGUGAGUACUGAUGGAAACGAUAUCGGGAGUAGUAUAACGAGCAAGAUCUCGUUGUCGUCGAUGCCACUGACUCCACGAACCGAAGGUGAAAUCUUGCAGUCCUCCAAUUUGAAGAGCUUCAGCUUCGCCGAGCUUAAGGUAGCCACGAGGAACUUUCGCCCGGAUAGUGUGGUUGGAGAAGGAGGUUUUGGUUCAGUUUUCAAAGGUUGGAUUGAUGAGCAUUCCUUUGCUGCUGCCAAGCCCGGCACAGGAAUGGUUAUUGCAGUCAAAAGGCUUAACCAUGAUGGUUUUCAAGGUCAUAGAGAGUGGUUGGCUGAAGUGAAUUUUCUAGGCCAGCUUUCUCAUUGUCACCUUGUGAGGUUGGUUGGCUACUGCUUAGAAGACGAGCAUCGUUUGCUCGUUUACGAAUUCAUGCCUCGAGGGAGCUUGGAAAAUCAUUUGUUUCGAAGGGGAUCCUAUUUUCAACCUCUUUCAUGGAGCCUGCGCUUGAAGGUUGCGCUUGGUGCUGCAAAAGGACUUGCCUUUCUCCACGGUGAUGAACGAAAAGUGAUCUACCGAGACUUCAAGACAUCGAACAUCUUGCUCGACUCGAAAUACAAUGCCAAACUCUCUGAUUUUGGGUUGGCUAAAGAUGGGCCAAGGGGCGAUAAAAGCCACGUCUCGACUCGGGUGAUGGGUACCUAUGGAUAUGCAGCCCCAGAAUAUUUGGCCACAGGUCAUCUAACUACUUGGAGUGAUGUCUAUAGCUUCGGAGUUGUUUUACUAGAAAUACUAUCUGGAAGAAGAGCAAUAGACAAGAAUCGGCCGGCUAGAGAACACAACCUUGUGGAAUGGGCAAAACCUUACCUUGCAAACAAACGCAAGAUUUUUCGAAUAAUCGACAGUCGUCUCGAGGGCCAAUAUUCAUUGGAUGGAGCCUACAAAGCAUCUACACUAGCUCUAAGAUGCCUAUCCAUUCAACCAAAACUUAGACCAAACAUGAAUGACAUUGUAAAAGAACUCGAGCAUCUACAAGAUUCCAUACUCCCUACCAGCAACAGGAACUCAACCAAUAAUCGUCGUGCUCGUAGGCAUAGCGCCGAUGAUUCCCAUAAGCCAAAUAGCGUUCAAGCAUACCCCCGACCUUCUGUUUCAACCCUCCACACAUAAGAUGGUGAUCAAACAACUAGAUUGAGAUGGUUCAUAACAAAAUCGAGGAAGUUAGUAGAUACAUUCCAAUCUACAGGAACUGUACAGUUUUUUUAGUCAUUCCUCCGUGGCGCUUCUUGGAUUGGUUUGUAAUUCGUUUCGAAUUCUGAUUAUUAGAGUAUGAUUUCUAGGGAAA